AUUAAUGGAUGAAGAGGACCUGGAGAUGGGAAUGAGCAUCUUUCGCCCUCUUUGCUUGUGACCAACUGGAACAAAGCAGCGAAGAAGAGCGGCGAUGUCGCGAUCUCUGUGCUGGUUUUUGCUUCUCCUAUCUCUUCCGGCGUCGAACAUAGGGGCGGCAGUGGCGGAGGCAGCAAGCUGCCCCCUGGAUCUGAACUAUGUCUCAACCUUCCCCUGGGACGACACCGCCUGCCUCCCCGCCCUCGCCUCCAUCAACCUCACCGACUGCCGCCAAACCCUCCAAAGCCUCUUCGGCAUGGGGUCCGCGCAGCGCCUCCACGACACCGGCUUCUUCCGACUUCCCGACGAUUCCACCGCCUCUGCCUGCCUCUCCGACUUCCAGUCCAACAUCUCCGCCGCCCGCCCCUCCCUCUCGCCCUCAAUCGUCUCCGCCUGCUUCCCCAAUCCCAACCAAUUCGUCUCCACCUGCGCCGGCGUCUACACCCUCCGUGACUGGGACGCCCGUGUCGGCAGCUCCUCCGCCCUGAACGCCACCUGCGAUGGCGACCUCACCGACAACGUUCGAUGCAACGCAUGCCUCAGGGAAGGCAUCAACGUCACUUCCACCCUCACCGCCCACAACGAAAAUACCUCUAGCAUCAACCUCUGCUUCCCCCUCACCAUCCUCUACGCUUCCGGCGUCGUCAAUCAGCUCGGCCCCAAGGAUCCCCGCGCGGCCUAUUGCAUCUUCGGCCUCGCCCUCUCCUCCCGUCAUAAAUCCCACUCUGCCGCAAUUUUUGGCUCCGUCUUUGGGGCUCUCGGCAUCCUCCUCGUCGCCUGCGCCAUCGUGUUCAUCUUGUGCCGAUCCCGCUUGAAGAAGAGGCAAAGCAGCGCCUCCACGGUGACGGAGAGGAGCUCGAGAUCGUAUCCGCGUCCCAAUACCGGCUCGAUCUGGUUCGACAUUAAGGAGCUACAAAAGGCCACUGCUGGCUUCUCGCAGGGCAACUUCAUCGGCCGCGGCGGAUUCGGCGUCGUCUACAAAGGCACCCUUUCCGACGGCACCUUGGUCGCAGUAAAGAAAGUGCUGCAGCCGGACGUGGACGGUGGCGACGAGGAGUUCCGCAACGAGGUAGAGAUAAUCAGCCAUCUCCGGCACCGAAAUUUGGUCCCUUUGAGAGGAUGCUGCAUCUCUCAAUACAUCGACGCCGAGGAAGGAAAUCAGAGGUACUUGGUCUACGAUUACAUGGCCAACGGAAGCGUAAAGGACCACAUCUUUGACAACUCCAGCGGGAUGAGGAAGCCCCUGACGUGGCCGCAGAGGAAGAGCAUCAUACUCGAUGUGGCCAAGGGGCUCGUGUACCUCCACUACGGGGUAAAGCCGGCGAUCUACCACCGCGACAUCAAGGCCAGCAACAUAUUGUUGGACGACGAGAUGAGGGCGCUAGUGGCCGACUUCGGAGUGGCGAAGGAGAGCAUGGAAGGGCAAUCCCACCUCACCACCAGGGUUGCCGGCACCCACGGCUACCUUGCGCCGGAGUACGCGCUCUACGGACAGCUGACGGAGAAGAGCGACGUCUAUAGCUUCGGCGUCCUCCUGCUCGAGAUCAUGAGCGGUCGCCAUGCCUUGGACAUGAGAGCGCCGGCGAAUAUGGUGCUGAUCACAGAUUGGGCGUGGACUUUGAUCAAAGAGGGAAGAACAGAGGAGGUGUUCGACGAGACGUUGACUAGGAGCGAGAACGACGACGGCAGGCCGCCGCAGCUGCCGAAGGGGGUGAUGGAGAGGUUCGUGAUGGUUGGCGUCCUGUGCUCGCACGUGAUAGUGGCGGUCCGCCCGACGAUAUUGGCAGCGCUGAAGAUGCUGGAGGGGAACGUGAGCGUGCCGGAGAUUCCGGAUCGGCCGCCGGCGAUCGGGAUCGGCUCCGUUUACGGCGAUGGGAAUACCUUCGCAGCUUCGCCGGCCGUGAAUAGGCCUUCUCAGGACGCCGGUGGCAUGCUCAGGUAGCUCAAAUUGUACUCCACAAGCAACACCUUUCUUCAGGGUCCAAAACUGAAGAGUAUUUCUUUUACCAUCACAAUUUUCAAGGGGAUAUUUGCAAAAGAUUAACACUUAAUAGGGGUAAUAUGAAAUUUUAUUGGGAAAACAAAUUAAGACUAAAGCUGACCAUUUGGAUUUGGUCCAUGGGAUUGGUAUGUCCUAUCAAAUAAUUUAAAUAUGUUAGGUUGAAUUUUUAUCAAUUCAAGUUUGUCGUGGGUCGAUCUGUCUAGGUC